CCGAUUUCAAUGACGUGGAUUUCCAGCCAUUUGGCUCUGGGCGAGCGGUGCAGGAGAGGGGCGCGUAGUGGGCAUUAAACUGCACAGAUUCACGCGUUUGCUGGCGACGUAUUUUGCUACGUGUUCGUUCGCCGAGCAGGCGCCAUAGACGAGGCUGAUCGCACUGUAAAGCAGUAGUCCGGGAAGGCGCCAUGAGUAAAGGCAGCGGGAAAGCCGUCAACCUGAGAGACAAGCUGGACGGCAAUGAGCUGGACUUGAGCCUGAGUGACCUGACCGAGGUGCCCGUCAAAGACCUGGCCUGUCUGCCGAAAGCCACGGUGCUCGACGUCUCCUGCAACAACCUGCGCGUCCUUCCUUCGGAGUUCUGCAGCCUGACCCAUCUGGUUAAACUGGAUCUUAGCAAGAAUCAGCUGGUCCAGCUGCCCCCCGAAUUUGGACGCCUUGUGAACCUGCAGCACUUGGAUCUUUAUAACAACAAGCUGGUGGUCCUGCCGGUCAGCUUUGCUCAGCUGAAGAAUCUCAAGUGGUUGGAUUUAAAGGAUAAUCCACUCGAGCCAACGCUGGCCAAGGUCGCCGGGGACUGCUUAGACGAGAAGCAGUGCAGGGUGUGUGCCAGCCAUGUUCUGCAGCACAUGAGGGUACUCCAGUCGGACAUGGACCGGGAGAAGCAGCGACGUUUGCAGGCCGAACGUGAGCAAGAGAAGAAGCGGGAGGCUGAACAGCGAGCAAAAGAAGCCCGGGAGCGAGAGCUGCGGAAGAAGGAGAAGGCAGAGGAGAAAGAGAGGAAGAGGAGGGAGUACGACGCUCAGAGGGCCGCGCGAGCCUCGCAGGAGCAGCUGGACGCCAAUCAGAAGGCAGAAGCUGAACCGGCACAACAACAACCGUGUGCCGUGAGCUCCGCUCCCAAAGUUCAAACCUCGUGGCUGCCCUUCAUCUUGAAGCUCUUCCUUCUCCUCCUGCUAGCGGCCGCAGCGAUGGUCGCCGUCUGUCAGCUGACGGAGCUGCGGCGGGACGAGGCCUGUGUGCCCAUCAACUCGCUCUACGCGGACCUCGUCUCGGCGCUGAAAAGACAGGAAGUCGUCAGUCGAAUUUUGCAGAAACUCUCGUCGCAGCAACCCUGAGGUUGUGUCCGGCGCUCGACCGAGGAAGUGGCUGCUGAAAUUCCUAUGGAAUUGCAUUUUAAACGGCUCGGCGAACACCCGAGGUGUCCCCUCCGGACCACCGUAGGCGCCGUGUGUUUAUACAGAGGGACUGAAGGGACUUGACGGGAUGACCGUGUUGCCAGACGACGACGAUGCCACGGCAGUGCCAGCACCUCUUGUGCCGCCAGCUGCUUUUCAAAUCGCUCAUUUGGACUUUUUGUUCAUUUCCUUCUCACUGAUUGUCAAGCAGACUUGCAUUUCUGUAACUUGAAAUAUGAAAUUAUGCAGCGGAUUGCUGAUUGGGACAAUGCUGACUUUGUACGAUUUGUUACAGUAAAGAGCGAGUGUUGAAACCUGAA